CAUUGCCAUUAACAGAGCUAAGUUGCAGAGCGCAGGCCUCGCCCUCAUUGUUUCCUCCCUCUCUCUGUACUACGGGGCAACACGGACUGAAAGCCAAUCCCUGGACACUGAAAGAAAAAGUGGGGAGGGGAAUGAGAAGACCCAAGGCAACCGGCACAUUUUCAAACAAUUUGCAGUACAGUCUGCACAGUAAGGGCAGAGUCAGGAUCACACAGACUGCACUUUCCCAAACAGACACAUCCUCUUCCUGGGCAGAGGUUUGAGUUACUAAGGCUUGAUGUCUGCGUCUCACAAGCCUUUCACCUCCUGUCACCUGAAGGAAAAGUACGUUUCAAGCAGGGGAGGGGAACUUGUCAAGAGAGAAGGCAGCUCGGAGAAGAAAUGAGACGGUCGCUCCCUCUGUGUUGGAUUCGCACACAGAUUUUAUUUUGCUGACUUUUUACACAACAGCUUCAUGGGUGAACGAUGAAUUUACAUCCACUGGGGGCCUGUGAGUGUCUGAAUGAUUCUGUGGCAAUGGAGGGUGUUUUCCCAGAACAAGUGACUCCCACUGCAUCUUAACAUAAAAGCCUAGGAUGGAAAGCCAAGCAAGAAUUGCUGAGUCACUGGAACAGCAUUCUCAACCCCCACAACCUCUGCUGUCUUGUGUCCUUGGCACACACUGACACAUCUAACUGCUUCACCACCAUCACCAUCCAGACAGGUACCACCUCCACUGGGUGACAAGACUCCAGGAUGUUUGUGAAUUUUCGCUGGAUACGAAAAUGCCAGUGUGUGCAACUGAUGACCACCUGCCUAGUUCUUUCAGUGGUGAUGGUUUGCUGGGAGCAGCUGGACGAUGGCAUCAUCAGCCAUGUCAAGUCCUACUCCUACCGAUACGUGAUCAACAGCUUCACCUACAUCAACAAGAGCCUCACCAUACCACGUGAGCAGGCAAGAAGCUUCAGCAACUUCCGUUACCUGCUGGACCCCCGAGAUAAGUGCGCGGGCAAAGACGUCCUCCUCCUCCUCUUUGUUAAAACACCCCCAAAGAACACUGAGAGGCGAAGCGCCAUCAGAUCCACCUGGGGCAAUGAGACCUAUAUCCAAAGCUCCCUGGGAGUGACAGUCAAGGUGGUGUUCGCUUUAGGUUCACCUAAGACCAAGGAGGAGGAGCUCUCGUGGAGCAUGAGGGGUGGGGUUGACAUUCAGGAGCAGCUUAUCCACGAGGAUGGUCUUCACGGGGAUUUGAUUCAACAAGACUUUUUAGACUCCUUCUACAACCUGACCCUGAAGCUGAUCCUGCAGUUCCACUGGAUGCACAGCCGCUGCGCACACGCUCGAUUCUUCAUGACAGCUGAUGACGACGUCUUCAUCCACAUGCCCAACCUGGUGAAUUACCUGCAGGACUUGAGCAACAGAGGUGUCACAGACUUUUGGGUUGGUUAUGUGCACAGAGGGACACCGCCCAUCCGCAGGAAAGACAGCAAGUACUAUGUGCCUUUUGAGAUGUACCCAUGGGUGUCGUACCCUGACUACACUGCUGGGUCCGCAUAUGUUGUCUCCAGUGAUGUAGUUGACAAAAUCUACCAAGCCACCCUGACCCUGAACGCCUCUCUUUAUAUAGAUGAUGUGUUCAUGGGCAUUUGUGCCAAUGCUGUCGGUUUGUCACCACAGGAACAUAUCUAUUUCUCAGGAGGGGGCAAAGCACCUUACCACUGGUGUAUCUAUAACCAGAUGAUGACCUCACAUGGUCAUGUGGAGGAUAUCUAUGACCUGUGGAAGGAGGCAACACACCCCCAGGUGAAACAGUGGACAUCUGGACUCACAGGCGGGCUUUACUGCACAGCCGUGAAAAUAGCUCUUCUUUGUAAUCCUUUCUAUGUAAACGGAUACCCCUGCAAAGCAGCCUUUUUGUAGUAGCAUUCAUGUUUGUGUGUGUCUUGGUGCAAGUGCAUGAAAGAGAGAGAGAGGGAGAGUGUCACACUGUGGAUCAUGAGAUGAGGAUCAUUCUUACAAUGGUGGUGCAGUGGUUAGCGCUGUCCACCUCACAACAAGAAGCCUUGGCUGACUCGGUGCCUUUCUGU